AUGGCAGUACUGAUUAUGUAUGUUGAUGAUAUCAUUGUCAUUGGCCACCACACUGAAGAAAUGAUUUUGAUCAAAGAAAUGUUGGCAAAAGAAUUUGAAGUCAAGGAUCUUGGCGCACUCAGUAAGUCUGGAAAAGGUCUUUCCUUCAAAAAGACAACUGAGAGGAAGGUCGAAGUAUUCACAGAUGCAAAUUGGGCUGGGUCAGUUGAUGAUAGAAAGUAUACAUCUGGGUAUUGCACAAUUAUAUCGGGAAAUGUUGUGACAUGGCAAAGUAAAAAACAAACGGUGGCUGCUAGAAGUAGUGUAGAAGUCGAGUAUAGAGCCAUGGCCCAUGGAGUGUGCAAAGCAAUAUGGAUUAACGGGGAUUGA